ACGAAUCUUCACUACGCGUUUGCGUGAUCGUCCGGCCACUAUCGAACAUCGAUCUCAACAUCAAAUAUAGACCAGGGCAGGAGCUUCCAUUACCAGAUCAGACCUUAUAGAGACUAUCGCAGGGGGGACGAGACUUGCGAUCCUCAAUGGCUGACGGAGAGAGUGAAAGACCGCUCAGAAAGAUCGCGGAGGCCUUCAAGGAGCUCGCGGCGACUUUGAAUUCACAGACUGUCGACAUGGAAAUGGAAGUGGCCCCAUUCUCUCGCGCAUGCUCUCUGGUCUCGCCUCUCUUUGGCUGUUUGGGGGUUGCCUUCAAGUUCGCCGAAAUGGACUACGUCGCCAAGGUUGAUGAUAUUGGAAGAGCUUCGAAUUCGAUUUUGACAUUGACAGCUAUGCUUGACAAAGAUAUAAAAGAGAACACUGUGAGGAAAGCCGGUAGUCAUUCGAGAAACUUGUUAAGGGUGAAGCGUGGACUUGACAUGGUCAGGGUGCUGUUUGAACGAAUUCUAGCUACAGAGGGGGCUUCCCUGAAGGAGCCAGCUUCUACGGCUUAUGCCCAGGUCUUUGCGCCCCACCAUGGAUGGGUCAUCAGAAAAGCUGUUGCUGCAGGAAUGUAUGCCCUUCCUACGAGAGCACAACUGAUGAAGAAGCUCAAUGAAGACGAAGACUCCGCGAGGAUUCAAAUGGAAAGUUACAUUGUUACUUCUGCUCCAGUCAUCACAUACAUUGACAAACUCUUCCUCACAAGAGAAUUGGGUAUAGAUUGGUAACUAGUGAACCAUCUGGUAAUCAUAAGUAUUUAUGGCUUCCUGUGUUCUCCCCCUUUUUUCCCCCUAUUUUCCAGGGGAACAGCUUGGGGCCACCAUUCUUUGAUUUUCCAAUUGGCAUAAACUAGGAUUUAUGCAACUCUUGUUUGAUUACACCACAAAAAUGCAACCACACUGUACAUGAAAUAACAGGAAUGGUAGUUUGUCUUGAGUUAAAUAUCCUACAAUGCUUAAACCAUAAGUUUAGUUUUGUUUUGUUACUGGUGUUUUGGCACCAGGUAGUGAAAAAGUUGUUGUUGGACCAUUCAUUUGGUGACAUGCUUUAACAUAUUUAUCUCUUGUAUUGUCGUU